AUUGUAAUCAAAGAUUGAAUUUAUUAAAUAAUAUUUUUUUGAUGGUUUUAGAUAGUUCGGUAUCACUCGUGAACUUUUACUAGUCUCUGUGGUCAUUCAAGGUAAUAAUAUUAAUUUCAUUCAUUCAUCGAGUGUCGUGAAUUCGUGAUAUUUAUUAUUUUUUUGUCAAAAUCACGCACGGUGAAAAAGCCAUCUAAAAGAAAGUAGAUGUUGUAAUCUUAAUUGACUAAAAGUCUAAAUCUAAUACCUAUUACUGUAGAAAGUGUUUCUUGCUAAACGUAAAUAAUAAAAGUAAACAUUCCGUUAUAUUUGGAAUAGACUUGCGAAAUAUAGACUUGUUGUGGUCAAUUCAUAAGUCGCUGUUUUGAAUGUUAUUUUCUAUUUUCAAUGAAAAGUGUCAUUUAUUUGUUUGUAUUUGUGAAAAAGUGAAGUGAAGUAGGUCAGGAUAAGCUAUAUAAGUGAACAGACUUAGCCGGUGGAUCGUAUGUUCUAGAUCAUAGUCACACGAUAUGGCUAUGCUGCAGGGUCAUUAACGACGAUGGAGCGGUUGUCUCAUGACCUCAACCUGGCUCUCGAAGAGAGUAACUGUGGUCGUCAAGAGCGGAGGAAGUUGGGGCUCCGGAGACGCACCAGAUCAGCGGGAAACCUGCCAGCAGCAGUAUUAGUAAGUCUGAUUGAAGAUGGCAGCUCCAGUAGUCCACCACAAGCCCCACUCAUUACUCAGCCAUUAUCUGACUCCGAUGACCCCCACCUCAGUCUGCACAAAUCUAGCCUCAAAUCGAGGCAUUAUUGUCAGAUUGGAAACUUCGAAUCUGAUUCGUUCAACGAAAACUUUUCACCAACAAGACCGGCUAACGCUAGGAGAAAACGGAAGUAUAAGAAAAUGCCCGUUGAGUAUACGGAUGGGAAACGGACACCACCAGUUGAAAUAUUGAGUGUUACUUCUGAGCCAAAUGCCCUAUCCGCCACUAUCAUUCUUCAGAGUCAAGUGUUAUCUCCUGUGAUACAUGUAAAUAAACACAAAACACUCACGAAACCUGAAAGUUGUUUUUUCAGAAACGCGUUCUGUGGGAAAAGGAAGUGGUCUCACAGGGACAAGGGGGAUGUAUGUGAGAUGAGGGAACGCUCGUUUAGCGGAGGAUGUUCAUCAAAGUCCGCGUACUUCUCGAAAAACGACUUCAAAUCCAAGAAGUACGACACUGAUGCACCCAAAAAGGAACCUGUGUUGCAGCCGGGAAAGAUCGUCUUGAAAUCGCAGAACGCAGAAGAUACAAAAUCUCCAACCUUCGCAAACACUCCAUCGUUGCCAGGAAGCUCAAGCUUUAACUUUGUCUAUAAAAACAUGUCAAAAAAUGGAACUCCAACAUUAUCCAAGUUGACAGGCUACAAAAUAACGACGGACCUGCCACCGUUCUUCAAUCCCGCUACCAGCUCCGGUAAAAACAAUCUGGACGGUAAAUACCACAGAAAGUUUAAGAUGUUAAAUAAAUCACAUCCACCCAAUUCUUUGCGAAAUCCCUUACAGUUUGAUGAUUCUAACAGCGGAAUGGACUGCGCGGGGAACGAAUCGAGCUCUCUAAGCAGUAGUGACUCUGAUGGAGUGGUUACAAAUGAUAGCGAUAGAGAAGGGGAUGAUGAGCUGACAGACUGGCCGGGGAUAGAAGAACUAAAAGUCUUUAACAAGAGCCUGACCUUCAAAACUUCGAAAACCGUCAACAAUAACUCCCCUAAAUCAGCAAGCAACAUGCCUCCGCCGAAACGAUUGAAAAAGGAGAAGUUACUCGUUAAAAGUGGGUGGGCUAGCUGCAAGAACCGAUUCAAGAAGAAAAGGGCUAAAGUAGACUCGGGAAACGAUGACGAUGCCAUGAUGUCUGACUCCAAAACUGUAGUAGACCUAGAAGAUGAAGGCGUGCCUAAAGAAAGCAAAGACAUCCUCCAACCUCAUUCUUCCUUCAGUAGUUUUAGUGAUAUAAAGAACGCUGGUGUCUCUGGUCAGAACGCAAACGAGUCGUUUUUUCAGUCCUUUCAGGCCUUUCAAGAGAAGUCCGGGCAGCAGGAGGAAUCGUUUAACCAGACGCCACGCACGAAUUUUUCGCUACAGAAAACGUCUUCUAGCGACUUGAAUUUGAGUGAGAAGUCUCCACAAAGCGAUCAUUAUUACAGCGAGCAUUCGAUGGGGAAUGCUGUGGUCACUGAAGUUAGGGAGAUACGGGCCGGUUGUCGGAGAAUAAGGGAUGAGAGGCCAGGGUUUCUUAUCCUGAGUGCUGCUAACGAACAGCUGUCAAAGUUCCUCCAAGAUUCUUGCCAGACCGAGCUGAAGCUCCCGAGUUUCCAUGACCCCGAGGAGAAGGAGAAACUGGAGUCGCUAGCCAAGCUCUACUCCUUGGAACUACAAGUGGAAAUGGGCAGACCGGUUUUAAGGAAAACAAGUAACACAAUGCAAGCGAUACGCGUCGAACAUUCCUACCACAACUUUCCGUCUGACCACAAGAGGCGUUGCUAUGGCGACGACACCGACACCAGCCUGUCACUCAGCGACCAGAACUCGGUGAACUCCAUCAAUGACCUUGACGACACGCAGGACGUACCGCAACGCUGUGACAUGACGCCUCAAGACCUGGUAGAUACCUUCUCACAUACUUUAGUCGAUAAAUCGUUGUUGCAUCCUGGAGAAAUCGAUUGAAACAUCGACUAAAAAUGUAUUAUAACUUAAAGUUUUCGGGACGAAUAUCUUAACGAGAUGUAUUGAGUAGUGUGGGUAUAGUCAAAGUCAGACUAACUGUAGAACUUAAUGAAAGAGUAAGGUAUGAGUAAUUUUGUGAUCUUGGUGUUUAUUACUUGAUAUAUUGGAUUUUUGAAGUCCAUUCGUACAGGAAUUUUAUGUCUAACUUCUAAACAUUGUCUCAGUAACUCUGUUUUUCUGUAGACUCUCUGCGAUUCGGUGUUACAUGUCUUAGUUCAUGUAUAGUAUCGGCUUAAAGUUGGAGUGUAAUACGUAUCAUAAAUAUAUUUAAUGCAAUGUUCACAUGAGAAAGCUUUAUGUACCAAUAUACGAAUUUAAACAAGCUAAAUUAUGCCCUUGGGUUUCUGAAGCGUUAACAUCAUAACUAAUGCAGAGAAAGAGCAUUAAUAAUCUAAAAAUGUAGAUAAAAAAACAAAUAUCCAAAACUAAGCACCAGUUUCUUCCCUUGAAGUAAUGCAGAAAAUUCAAAUUGAUAUUAAAACUUUUAAGUCGAAUUUCUAAUGGCGUAAUAACGAGAAAACCCGCUGUGGGUAUGUGUUAUCGCACCUCUGAGCCUAUCUCACUAGUUUUGUUUUCUGUUGCAUCCUUGAACUGGCGAGUCAACAGCUGCGAAUUACAUUUUAUUUUCAUAUGUAAAUCUAAAGAUAUAUACAAAACAUACUGACCAGUGAAUUUUCCAAGUGUAGAAGUCGCUGGUAUCUAAUAAACAAUAAAUACAAUUACAAGAAAUUCUCUAGGCUUCACCAGUUUCACAAUAAGUAAUCGAUUUAUCCAUCAAAUUAUUUUGUUUGAAGUAAUUGAGGUGUAAAAAUGUAAGGAGAAACGCUGAGCGUGAUAAUAUUAUUAUGUGUAUGUAAGCGGCCUGAUACAAAACGAUGCAAUUUUAUUAAGGAACGUGUGAUCGUGAUUGUUAUUGAUAGAAAAGGCAUAUGUAGUGGUAAAAAAAACGAAUUGACGAUCUCAAAAAAUGGUACUAUUAUUAGGCUUCAGAAUAUUUAGAACA